AGAGAUCGAGGAAGAGGAGGAGGAGGAGAGAGCAAGAGAAGAGAGUCUCGUCGUCACUCACAAGAUAAUAGUUUUCCUCCAGAAUCAGAUUGAAGAGAAGAAAAGCGUGGGGAUAAUUAAUGUAAUGCGAUUCAAGCACGAGAAUAUUCAGCGAGAGAGUGAGUGUGAGGUGAGCGUUUGGGUUCACGUGUUCGUGUGUUGAAGAAAGAGAGAGAGAGAGAGACCGGCGUAGUAGAAAUGGGUUCUUCGCCGGAAAAGUUGAGAAUGGAGAUGGGAGAGGUAGAAGAGAAAGGAAGAGAGAGCAGUUGCUGCAGCAGCUCUGAUUUUCUACUGAUUUCGGGAACAACCAGACAAGACGAGGAACAAAGCCCUAGCAUCAGUACGCAGGAGUUCACCGCUUCUCCGGUUUCGUCUCGUUGGUCGGUGAAGAAUGUCGACGGAGACGAGAAGAACUGUGCGAAACAAUCAAGAGUUUCAGAGAUUGAGAUGAUGAAGGAAAGGUUUUCGAAGCUACUACUUGGAGAAGAUAUGUCUGGUUCUGGUAACGGUGUCUGCACUGCUUUAGCCAUCUCUAACGCCAUCACUAAUCUCUGUGCUACCUUGUUCGGCCAACUAUGGAGGUUAGAGCCUCUUCCCAAGGAGAAGAAAGACAUGUGGAGACGAGAAAUGGAAUGGCUUCUCUGUGUCAGUGACCACAUUGUUGAGAUGUCUCCUACUUGGCAAACUUUCCCUGAUGGAACCAAACUCGAGAUAAUGACUUGCAGACCAAGAUCAGAUCUUUAUGUUAACCUCCCAGCUCUCAAGAAACUCGAUAACAUGCUUCUCGAGAUAUUAGAUAGCUUUGAGGAGACAGAGUUUUGGUAUGUCGAUCAAGGAAUCAUGGCACACGAGUCAGCAGCCGAAGACGGAUCUUCUUCUUUCCGAAAAUCUUUUCAGAGACAAGAAGACAAAUGGUGGCUACCGGUUCCACGGGUUUCACCUGGAGGAUUGCAAGACAAGUCAAGGAAACAGUUGCAGCAUAAACGCGACUGCACUAAUCAGAUACUAAAAGCUGCUAUGGCCAUCAACAGCAUCACUCUUGCCGACAUGGACAUCCCUGAAUCAUAUCUCGAAUCUCUUCCACGGAGAGGAAGAUCCUGCCUGGGUGAUUUGAUCUACAGAUACAUUUCGUCAGAUCAGUUCUCACCUGAAUAUCUACUUGAUUGCCUUGACUUGUCCUCUGAACACCAAGCCAUAGAGAUAGCUAACCGAGUCGAGUCAUCCAUCUACCUGUGGCACAAAAGAGCUAAUAAUACUAAACCAGCUACUAAUACCAAAACGUCGUGGGAGAUGGUGAAAGAGUUAAUGGUUGAUGGAGAGAAGCUAGAGUUGAUGGCUGAUCGAGCUGAGAGUCUGUUGCUUUCAUUAAAACAACGGUUCCCGGGUCUCCCUCAAACCGCUCUAGACAUGAGCAAAAUCCAAUAUAACAAGGACAUAGGAAAAUCGAUUCUGGAAAGCUACUCGAGAGUUCUAGAGAGCUUAGCGUUUAACAUUGUUGCACGGAUCGAUGACUUGCUUUUUGUUGAUGAUCUGACAAGACACUCAUCGGAUCAGAUACCAACAACGUUAGGUAACAACGGUAGUGACGCUGUUAAGAACAAUGCAUUGUCGUCUGCUACAACCUACACAACACCAAGCUACUCUCCUGCAAAACUGGAGCUGGGAACAUCAGUCACAGUGCCGCCUUCUCCUUCACGGUUCAAGAUUCCUCACAGUAGUAGCGUUAAAAGGGUUUUGACGGCUUAUGUAACAAAGAACGAACCAAGACUGAAGGAUCUCCAGGUGGAAAGAUCGAGCCGUUCAUCGUCGAGUGAGAGAUUGUCUCUAGAGAAAUGCAUGAAGGAGACGUUGAAUGUAUCGAACCUUGAUCCUGGGAUUUGAAAAUAAAAAUGCUCUCUACUCCUUGGAAUAGUCUCUCCCUUUGGAUCCUUUUUUAUUAUUACUUUCUCCUUAGUGUUCCCUUUCUUUCUUUGUGUUGUGUGUAGUAGCUUAGAUUUGUAUAAUGAUAUUUGGAAAGAUGGGUGUUUGAGAGUUACAGAAAAGGAGUCUUUAAGUCAAAUUUUCA